AUGGCCUUCCCGACCUGGUGGUCAACCACUUGGUCUCUUAUUGCUCCCCCGACCGACCAGUUGGUGGGAAAACUCAUUCCGCCCUCAGCAUUGGCGUUGGGUUCUCCCCGACUAGCCUCUGCUCCUAGAAGAAAGAGGCCGACGCCUGCCGAAGGCGGAUCUGUAGCAAAAAAGAAGAAACAGAAGGGCGCCCCCGCCAUCGACAGACAAACAAUAGAGGAGCACUUGGCGUCUCUGCCAGUGGACACAAGCGGAUUGCCAAAAUACUUGAGAGAGCAAUUGGAGACCCCUUCGCUGCCACUGACCACUGCUCCGACUAUCUCUCAACUGACCGUAGCCCAGCCGACCGACCCUCAGCCGACCGCAGCCCAGCCGACCGACCCUCAGCAGACCGCAGCCCAACCGACCAUUACUCUGACUUUUCCUCAGCCAACCGCAACCCCGACUGCAAGUCACCCGACUGCUGCUCCAGCCGACAUCCUCAUCGAACCACCAACUACUCAACCGGCUGGUCCAUCGGGAGACUCUUCGACCGCAGGGCGACCGACCACUACAUUGCCGACCCCUCUGUCAGUUGAGGACAACCCGAGUCAUUCGUCGGUUGCUCCUCAACCGACCCCCCUUGCUGCAGAGGGGGAACUGCCGAUGAUCCGCUGGCCGGAGGAACCGGCGGGGAGGCAAACUUCUCCUCCAGUUUUGUCUUCACCUGUUCCCCCACCACCACAGGAACCUGAAGUGGUCGCGGCGGUGCCCGACCAAAUUGCCGCAUUGCCCGACCAAGUCGCUCCGUUGCCUUUGCAGCCAGCCGCCCAGCCCGUGGACGAGGGACCUCCCGCAGCGCCCCAACCACUCCAACCGAUCCCACCGCCUCACGACAUCAAGGAAAUCUCUUCCUCGAAGUCGGGUUAUGGAGCAGAUUGCUGCCCAUUGUCUGUAACCAGCAGACGAGUCGGUCAUUGGCCCUACUAUCGCCAAGGUACUCCUAUGGCGUUUCGGAUCAUGGCUCCUUCCGAGGCAACCGCCGUUUUCAAUCAGGCUGCCCAAGAGAUGAGUGUGCUGGCCCGAAUAAAUCUCCCGACUCCCGCCCGACCUAUCAUAGCACGCUGUGCUGACCUGUCUUUCGCUGACCUGAGUCCAGCAGACCUUGAGUCUCUAGUUCAGGUCGCGAUAGACUUGUUGAUACAACAUCGAAUGGAGUCGGAAGCUACUCUCAUGCUCGAUCGGAUGAUGGAAAAGAUCACCGAGCUCCAGGACAAACUGCCUCUGAUCCGACCUCCGUCAUCCAAAGCCACGUCAUCUCAACCAACCGCUGAUCCGGCUGGCCUUGAAGUAUCUUUGAAAAAGGUCAAUGAAGACCUUGAUCUUGCCAAGGCUACGCUGGAUGAACUCCAACAAGUGUGA